GCGGAGGGGAUCCCUCCCUCUCGGUGUCCCGCCGGGCUUUCCGGGAAGGGGCACGCUCCGGCCCGUCCCCUCGGCGAACCCCCCCGUCCGGGGAGCCACGGGGCUGUGCGCGAUGGCGAGAGCGGGACCCGGCGUCGCUGCCGCCUCGGCUCCGUGGGGCCGCUCUGCCGGGCCCCAGGCAGGGCGGAGGAGCUGCCUGGACUGCCUGGUAUCCUCUGCAGGACUUCUACCCACGCGCUUUCGCUUUCCUCCGGUGGCGCGGGCCCGGCAGCCCAGCCCCGCCCUGCGCCGGCCCGGGGGUCCCCACGGGCAGGGACGGGCAGCGGCGAGCCCCGGGACCCUCGGCCGGGACCCCCCAGUCGGGCGGGACGCUGGAACCGGCUGCCGGCGCUCCUUUAACUUCUCGGUUGCGUGCGGGCGGCUGGUUCGGCCCCGCAGCCUCGUCGCUGUCCCGCGCCGGGGCCGCUCGAGGUGCCCACGGGGGUGGGCUGUGCCCGGCCGUGCUGGGUCCAUGGCACCCUCGGCCCGGCCCUCUCUGCCUCGCUCUCUGCCGGAGCCCCCGUCCCGCUCCGCAGGAUGGCCAGGCGGAUCUGCCGGGAUACAGGGAUGGGCAGCGAGGGGCCGGCUCUGCGAGAGGAACGGUGCUCCGGGUGCCCUCUUGCCCGCUGUCUUGCCCGAGAGCUCAUUCCCUGCCUCUUUUUACCCUUCCCUGUGCAGGUAGUCCCCUGCCAGGAGGAGCAAGGGCAGGCUCUGGCAAAGUUUGCACGGGUGAUGCGCUUGGCUGGGGCUUUCCUGUCCCUCAGGGACGGCCUGUCAGCCUUGGGAAGGGGCUGGCAGUGCUCUGGGCGUGAAAGCUUGGUGAUCACUGCUCCCCCUGUGAGGUACUGCAGUACUGUUGGCAGGGGCACAGGGUAAUGUGCAAUCACAUUCUGGUAGGAAACGUGGGGAAAUGUGGAGCAACGCUGCCGGAAUCACUGCUACCCCACUUCAAAGACAGCACAGAUGGCAUCAGGCAGCGUGGGUGGCUGCUGUGGUCUGUGGUUAGUGGAGGUGUGGGAAGAGCAGCGUGGGGAAGCCUUCACCUCAGGGUGCAGUGCUGGGAACCUGCUGAUGCCCUAACAUGCUUUGAUAAGCAGUAUAUCUACAAGGGCAGAUGCUGCAACCGGUGUCGACCAGGGGAAAAGCUGGUCUCUGAGUGCAAUAAAACAGAAGACUCUGUCUGUGCCCCCUGUGAGAGCGGGCACUAUCAGCCAAGCUGGACCAAGGAGAAGCACUGUGCUCCUCAUGAUAUCUGUGAAGGCAAUGCCGGCCUCAUUGAGAAGGUGAAAGGAAAUGCAACACACAACACGGCGUGCCAGUGCCGGGCUGGCACGCACUGCUCUGACAUCAGCUGCCAGACCUGCGUGGAGAACCAGCCUUGCCAGCUUGGCUCUGGCUUUGUGGCAGCCAAGGCCGUGGACAGGAUGUCAUCCCCCUGUGAGCCCUGUGCAGAAGGCACCUUCUCCAACGUCUCGUCUAAAACCGAGCCGUGCCACCCCUGGACAAGCUGUGAGGAAAAGGGGCUGGUGGUGAAGGUGAAAGGGACGAACUCCUCGGAUGUGAUCUGUGAGUCCAGCAGGCGCUCCUCGCUGUCAGUGCUGAUCCCCAUCACAGCUGCAGUUGUCACAUGCCUCGUGGGUGUCUGCAUCUACUGCCUGGUGCACACAGAUUCCAGGCGACGAGUACCAAAGGAGAUAGAGGCUGGGGAGCCCGGAGAGAACCCAGAUACCCAGCAGCCCACGGAGCAGGAUGAGAAUGUCUUGCCUGUGCAGGAGACCCUACUCAGGGGCCAGCCUGUGGCCCAGGAGGAUGGCAAGGAGAGCCGCAUCUCGGAGCAGGAGAUGCUGUGAAGGCGCAGGGCACUGCCCCCGACAGGAGCACAGACUGGACAGCACCAUCUCCUCUGUCCCCUCUCCAGCUGGGGAGGAAAUCUGGCAUCUGGCCUGACUGCAAAUGAUGUAAUGCUGCAAUGGACCAUGGCACAACCGCCCCACGGGAAUACCACUACAGCUCCUGGUCUGGUCACCUGCACAGGGCUGCCCUGGUGGAGCAAGGCUUGGCCGCCCACGUGGGGACACGGAGCAGAGCCCCAUCCUGCUUCCUGCCCAGGUGAUGCAAUGACCUGGGUGGCUGCUGGCCUGCUGAGCCCUUGCAGAGCCCCUGGCCACAGCAGAGUGUCACUGCUGACAGGAAGACCCCAGCACAGAUCCCCGUCUCCCUGGGUGCUGGAGAAGCCAGGGCUGGGAAGGGGGGCUGCUGGUGUGAGAUCCCCACGGCAGAGCUCAGUCCCGUCUGGGGUGCUGUGGAAGCGCUGCCCGUGCUGGAGCAGAGCCUGCUGGCAUCCGGACAGGGAGGAAGGAAGGCAGGAGCGGCGGCCCCGGGCCGGAGCGCGGGCAGCGGCGUGCGGCGGCCGGGAGAUGGUGCUGCGGCACCGGCGCGGGCUGCGCGGGGCGGCACCGGCACCGCCCGCCCGCCCCGUCCCGCCUACGCUCCCGGUGGCCUCGGGGGGCUCUGGCCACGGGGGGCUCUGGCCACGGGCUUGCCCAGCGCGGGGCCCCCUCCCGCGGCUCCCCCGCACCCCCGCCCGUCAGCCUCCACCGUGUGAUUAAACGCGAUUAUCUGCCCCUGUGCGUGAGCAGCCCCGAGCCCCUGCCGCCCACCGGCGGCCCCGGACCGGCGCUCCCAGCUCUGGUGUGCCGGGAAGGAGGAAGGAUGCUUUGGGAAUGGGCGGGUGCUCCCAAGGCAGAGGAGGGAGGGAAGAGCUGCCAUCAGCUGUGCUGACCCCCAGCGUGCCCCCAGACCCUCCCCAGCACACCUGGCUGGCCCCACUCCCCUGCAUGCGCAUCCCCUGUGGCUGCCCUCCCUGGGCCUCGCAGCUGUCCCAGCAGAGCCGUGCCCAGCCCGUGUCCCACGCCAGAGGAGCAGGGAUGCGGGCAGGGCUGCCUGCAGCAGGCAGCUCCGUGCCCCGAGCCCCACUGCUCUGGCAGUAAAAUGCACCAGUGGGGUCCAUCGCGCUGCAGGGCAGCGCUGUGGGUGCUGCGGUGCAGCAGUGGAGUCACCCCGGGCUCCAGAGCGCUGGUGUGGGGCUGCAGCAGCACUGAGGCUUUAGGUGCUGGGAGCAGCCUCAGCCUGUGACCCGGCACUAUCUGAACACAGGCAGCACGGCAUGAGAAAGGCCAUAAAUCCCAGAGCAGGAGCAGCUGGAGCAUGGAGCAACUUUGCCAGUACAGGCAGUGGCACAUUAUUUAAGGCUCCUCUUAAAACCUAAUGUUAGGUUUAAUAAGGGAGAUAAAAACAUGGCAGCAGCUUUCCCUCCUCUCAGGGCUUGGCAAUCCCAGCAGUGCUGGUGGGAUGGUCUCAGGCUGGGCAGCAUUCCCUUGGCACCAGCCCAGAGAACACCCAGUUCUGGGGACAGAUGUGAUCCUGCUCCUGCUGGAGGAGAAGGUGUUACGUGGGCCACAGAUGCAAAGUCUUUCGCCCCAAACAUGAAGCCUGUGGCCCCAGAUGGUUUCCAAAGGACUGUGUCCCCAGGUGGCAGGCUGAACUCUGGGGCCACUCCCCACAUCCCCCGAGGCUGACCCCUCCCUGCUGGCGUGCAGCGUGCUCAGUGCCCUGUGUCACACAUGUACCGUCUCAUUAGCACGUCUGUCCCCCAAAGUGAGAAGGGAGAGCGCGUGAGGCCUAAUUGAAUGUAACUAAUUAUUCACUCUGCAAAUGCUCUGUUUAAAUGGGAUUGUGAGGGACAGAAUUACUCAUUCUGAAAAGGGGAGAGAAAAAGAGAAAGACAGAGAUAAAACAAAUAGAGGCGGAUGCUGGAGCUGCAGCUUGCUCUCUCUCCCCAGAAUACCAAUUACCGGAUGAAGUGAUUGUAUAAAUCUUUACCGAGUGAACGGACUGUACUAGUCACUUACUCCUGUCCUCUUAUUAUGAGGAAGCAAUGAAAAAUCAUCCCACUCUCCAGUCCAGUUAAGGGUUCCCAGUCGCUGUCUUGGGCAAUAUCUCACCAGCUGGAGAGCUCGUCCUGGGGCUUUCUCAGGGUGGGGGUCCCACUGAGACAGGGCUGAGCACUUGGCAGGAGCCCACAGCCCUCCUGCACCUCCAGCCCUGGGGAGGAAUAGUGGCUGUGCAUGCUCUGGGGAGGUGCAGGACUUCUGCCCCAGCAGGAGCCAAACCAUGCCAUGCAGCACCCUGGGACAUGGGGAGACAUGGGCUGGCCAAGGGCCCCGGUGUCACACACGUCACCCAGGGACCCCGGUGCCUGGCUCAGUGGCACUCCAGGUCUUGACCCCUCAACUUGUUCUUGCCUUCUGUGGGUCCAGCCCUGCCAGUCCCCUGGUGUCCUCCACUGGCUCCUGCAGUGCUCACUGAAAAGGGAGAACACGGUGCUUCCCAACCUCUUCCCACGCUGCAGUCAAUGUUUCUCACUCAGGGUGUCUCUGCUCCACUGGUUGCAGAAAUGCACUUAUUGGCAGUGACUUCCAUCACUCUUGCCUGCCACGUCCUUUAAUCCCAGAUCCCUCCAAACACCCACAUUUCUCUUCUCAGUAGUGGUGUGGGAUGGGAGAGGAGGUCCUGGCCACGCAGAGCUGGGACAGCUGAGAGUCCCCCUGCACCCUGCCAUCAGUGGGGAGCACCCACAUUCUGGGGUCCUGCUGCAUGAGGUGGUGAGGACCCAGCCAGUCCCAUACUCCCUGCAGGCAACCCCGGGUCCCCUCACCACAAGGCACCCACAAGGGGCUGCUUUAGGGGGACAAAGAGCACCUGGUCUCCACAUCCUGCAGCCAGAAACAGAGGGACCCCUCAGAGGGGCCCUGCAGGUGAUACUCCAGGGGAGCCACAGGAAUUGUGUGGUGGGUUCAGCUGGUGGGGAAGACAGGCUGGGCAUGAGUCAGUGACAAGAGGGUAAAGCCUCCAGUCUGUCCUGCCUUGUCCUGGCUGGGGAUUUGAUUGUUGCCAGCAGCGAGUUUCCAUGCACUGGAGAUGUGUGUGUGUGGGUGUGAGGGAGAGAUAACAUCAUCAUCAUCAUAACAAAUGCAGUUGUGAAGCUCCAUUCUCUGCUUAUUGGCUUUCUUCUCUUUAUCUAUAAAUAAUUGCAGGGACACAAUAGA